AUGGUCCAAAUCUCGAAGAUGUUUUCCAACUUGCUCGCUGCCGUUGUUCUAUCAGCUACCAUUGUCGUCGUCCAAGCUGCUCCUACCGUUGUUCCCUUUGAGAGGCACUCCACCCACCGUACACGACGAAUUGGACGCAACCUGCGCGUCGAGACCUACCACCCUUCCACCAACUUCAAGGUCUAUGGAAGCAAUGGUACUGCUAUUCCAGACUCUCUGGUUCCCCAAGAGUGGCGAGAUGUGGCCAUGAACUUUGUCGUCGAUAACUUGGGCGUCGAUCGCUCUCAACUCGCCUGGCGAUCGGGUUUCACUGAGGGAGAACAGGGCUUUGCUUACCUGCGCCAAUCUCAUAACGGUAUUCCCUUCUCCAACGCAGUUUCGAACGUUGCCUUCAGCGGUGGCAAGCUUGCCUCUUUUGGCUCGUCGUUUGUCGACCUCGCCUCUACCAGGAUUGCCGACCCCAACCCCACUGUGUCCUGGCGAUCUGUUCUUCCUCAAAUCGAGGAGUCCUUGGACGCAACUUACAACAAUGCCAAUGCAACCCUCGAGUACUUUGUCAAGCCGGGUGGGGACGUCGCUCUCACUCACAUCAUCCAGCUUCAGAACAAGGAGAGCGGCGCCUUCUACGAGGCCCUCAUCGACGCCCACUCUGGUGAUUUGAUCAGCGUCAACGACUUUGUUGCCCAUGCCUCGUACACCGUUGUCCCCAUUACGAAGGAAACUAUCCUGGACGGUUUGGAGACUUUGACCGACCCCCAAGAUCUCGAGGCUUCGCCCCUUGGCUGGCACAGUCUUGGACAGGGCCUCAACUCUCAAGACACUAGCGGCAACAACGUAAUUGCCUUCCGAGGGCAGGAGGUCGGCGCUCAAACCAGCCGAGGCCUCAACUUCAACGCUCGCUACGACGACCGCCGCAACCCCAACAACAGGCAGAACAUCGAGGCGGCUAAGACCAAUGCCUUCUACAUCAUCAACUCGCUCCACGACGUUACGUACCGAUACGGCUUCACCGAGCGCGCCUUCAAUUUCCAGGUGAACAACUUUGGAAGGGGUGGACGUGGCAAUGACCGUGUCGAGAUCUCCGUUCAGGAUGCCCGUGGCACGAAUAAUGCGCAGUUUGCCACCCCUCCCGAUGGCUCCCCUGGUAUCUGCCGCAUGUUCGUCUGGACCUUGACCAACCCUGCUCGUGACGGCACGAUGGAGAACGACAUCAUCAUUCACGAAUUUGCUCAUGGUGUUACCAACCGCAUGACCGGUGGUGGAACUGCCCGAUGCUUGCAGAGUUUGGAGUCUGGAGGUCUUGGUGAGGGCUGGGGAGAUGCCAUGGCCGACUGGUUCGCCCAGAACUCUGCUCAAACCCGUGACUUUGCUCUCGGAACCUAUGUCACUAACAACCCUGGUGGUAUCCGACGAUUCCCCUACUCGACCAGCGCUCAAACCAACCCCCUCCGCUACAGCAACCUCCGUCAAUUCAACCAGGUCCAUGACAUUGGACAGGUCUGGGCUAACAUGCUCCACAACGUCUACGAUGCGCUCGUGCGGGAGCAUGGCUUCUCCAACCAGAAGUUGACCAACCCUGACGGAAGCGAAGGCAACAUCGUCUGGAUGCGUCUCUACAUCGAUGCUUUGGCCAUUCAACCCUGCAACCCCACUUUCGUGCAAGCCCGUGAUGCCUGGAUCCAAGCUGACCAGAACCGCUACAACGGUGCCAACCGAUGCCUCUUGUUCCGCGCCUUUGCCAGCCGCGGUCUCGGCCUCAACGCUCGCAACUUUGUUGACGACACCACCAUUCCCGCUGAUUGCUAG